GAAAGUUUCCGCAGAGUCUCUGGAGCGUUCGCCAUGGCUGCUUGCUUUCUCCCUCCUUCUCCGCUAUUCGUGGAGAUCUUCCCUAAGCUGCUGGUUUCGGACAAGCUGCUGACGAAGCUUGUGAUCCACUUCCAGUCCCCGAAAAGAUCCGGAGGCGGCGAGUGCGAUGUGCGAUUGCUGGAUCAUUCCCGGGGCAUCUAUUCGGUGUCUUUCCGAUCGGAGGAAGUGAAGAACCGAGUGAAGGCACAUAAAGACCAUACCAUAGAGUUUGGUGACAUAACACUGGAUGUAAAAAUCUUGCCAGAGCCUGACAUUAAAAUGAUAGAUGAUGAAGAACAGCCAUCGAAAAGUAACUUGAGGAACCCAGCUGCAGACUCAUUUUCUGUUUCAAGUAGUGCACAACUUCAAAAUGAUUUUGAAAAGCGGCUCAGUGCAAGUGAUUGUGAAAACAUUGCCACAAAGAUAUUUCUCAGCGUAUCUGCCAAUUUGAAUACUUCCUUGUUCACAAAGGAGCAGAGGAAUGAGGUGAAUUCUCUGUGCCCCACUUUAAAAAUAGACAAAGAAUCAAGUCAGUUUGGCAUUGAAAAGGUAUCGGGAGACUACAGUGAUAUUGAGAAGCUGCACUGUUAUUUCGAGAAACUCCUUGACUCCUCCCAUCAUCGCAACAGUGAUUUUUUACAUCCCAAAAGACAACAUAGUGUGGAACAAAUGCUCAUGGAAGACGAGAAAGAUGGAAACAAAAAUGAUGUGGGUGAUGUUCAAGAAAACUUGGAAGUUCCCUCAGGUGUCUUUGAAUACUUCUACCAGACCUGCAAGGAACAAAUUGAAGAAUUGGAGAAGACAUUUAAUGUUAAACUAACUUAUAAUAAAAAGGAAAAUGGAAUGACUGCUGUACACGUUCUUUCUGCCGGGGCUCCUGACUUAAUUGAGAAAGCUAGGCAGACUUUUGUCACAGAUUUUCAGAAAGUAGCAGCAGCAGAUGUGAAAGAGGAAAGGAUUCCUUUCUCCAGCUCACUCCAUUUUAGUGGAGUGCAGGUAAUGCUAAGUACCAAAUACAAAUGUAUUCUUGUUAAAACAGACAAAAAUGUUUUAAUUCUCUGUGGCCCUGCGAGAGAGAUUUCAGCUGCUAAAAAGGAAAUAGAGACCUUCUUGGCUGAGACACCAGCACUUUCUCGUUCCAUGAAGGUUGACUUUGAGGUUGAUACUGAUAUAUUUGAAUUGCUGGAACCUAAAUUGGCUAAAGAAAUUGAAGCUAUAAACGAAAAGUACAGAACUGAAAUGCAAAAAAAGAAGUGUCUCAACAACCGACGGUCACGGAUUGUUUUUGUGUCUCAGAACCAUGGAAAUUCAGAUCAGGCUUCGAAAGCUUGUAACAAAUUCUACUCUGUUUAUCAGAAGAUUUUAGCAGAGCCCAUGGAAAAAGUAAUCCCCUUGAAACAUUCAAAGGAUCGCAAAAGAGAACUGGAUGUAUUAAUUGCAGAAUGGCAAAUUUGGAAAGCAUCAGUGACUAGAAAGGGAGAUGAUCUGGUUCUAAAAGGUCUCCCAGAGCACGUGUGUUGUGACUGGAAGCUCUUCAAGGAGUAUUUGGACAGUACUAUGGAUCCAUCCAAGGUGAAUCCACCCACUCAUAAUCCCACCCUUGGAGCUACCCCAGGGGCAUACUUUGAGCAAAAUGGUGACCAUCAAAAGCUUCCAGUCCCUCCCAGGAAGCCAGUGGAGUCACAAGCCGAGGAAGUAAAGAAAGAAGGGGAGUGUGCCAUCUGCAUCGAUGUAAUCCGCCAAAAGGAAGUGCUGCCCAAAUGCAAGCAUGCCUUUUGUCAGGAAUGCAUUAAAGAGGCCAUGAAACACAGGCCUACCUGCCCCGUAUGUAAUACAUUUUAUGGGAAGAUGGAAGGAAAUCAACCACCUGGCAAAAUGAGCAUCAUCAAGCACCGAUAUUCACUGCCUGGUUAUGAAGGAUAUGGAACUAUUGAAAUUCAUUAUCACAUACUUGAUGGCUUCCAAGCUGCAAACCAUCCAAAUCCAGGAAGAAGAUUCUACGGAACACAUCGGAAUGCAUAUUUGCCAGACAACAAAGAAGGAAACGAAAUUAUGAGGCUACUUCGACGGGCUUUUGAUCAAAAAUUGAUUUUCACAGUAGGCCAGUCACGUACCUCUGGUGCAACUGACGUUGUUACCUGGAAUGAUAUUCACCACAAGACUUGCAUUUAUGGAGGGCCUGACAACUUUGGUUACCCUGAUCCUUACUAUCUGAAACGUGUUCGAGAAGAACUGAAGGCAAAAGGAAUUGAAUGAGUGCAUUUGUCCGGAAUCUGCAACCUGUCAAGAUACUAAUUCUACAUACUGAUGAUGGUGAAAAGUUCCAACUUGCUGCUUAUCUGGUGCAAAAGUCAGAAUAGGCUGCACGCUCCCUCAAUACAUUCUCUCCCCUCCUCUACUCGCUCUCUCGCUGUCUUUCUCUCGCUCUCUCCCUCUCUCUGCGUGAAAGGAAGGCACAGCUCAGAAUGAGUUUUCCUAUUGCAUGUACCUCAGUCCUACUAUGUGCAUAUUUGUAUUGUAUCAGGACACUGAAUUACAGUGUGAUCCUCAUAAUGUGGUAAGAUAAGCCAAGUAUGUCUGUUGAUGCUGGUGACAUGGCAGUAGCUAAAAAAACUCUUCCAAGAGUGGUAAAUGACAAUUAUGCUGAAGAAGACCUCUCCUCCAAAUGGAUUUUUUGCAGUCUCUGCAGAGGCUUCCCAAUCCCCAGAAGUUUCACUGCCUCUGUAAUUGGGAAGCAGAUUCCAUCUGGUUUCCUGACCAGGAAAAGUUGCCCUAGCUGCUUCUCUCUGCAGCCUCCCCAUGGCAUCCAUAUGAUGCCAUGACAAUUUCAUGUUCGUUCAUUCUAGAAGAGCAUCUGCCAAUGCAUCUUAUGGCAACCCAUGGAAACCCUUUUCGGGGUUGGUGUUUAAAUUUUAACAAACAUCCCACAACCAUGGAUGGGAGAGGCAUUUGAUGCCCUUUAUUCAUUUCUACUUUCCUGCCACUCUUGCCCCACCCUACCAAAUGACGGGUGGGCCCUCCACUUUAUUAAAAAGGCAGUUUGGAUCAGAGCCUUAUUAUGAAGUAUUGUUCAACCUAUUUAAAAAAAUCAAAGUUUGUGCCCUGUAUUGUAAAGUAUAAAUAACACUUUCUAUCACUUCAAUUGUAUUUGACUUCCUGAUAAAAACUGGGUCCUUAUAUGGUUCCCUUCCCAGUAUUUUGUUUCAAUUUAACACUAGCUUGAAGGUACAGUAAUAUGUUAAUUUUAUAAUCUGUCAUCUUUCAGGCAAUGUAUUGCCCUGUUUUGCAUGACACUGUGAGCCAUUUUGAACAUGCAAACCCAAAUCAAGAGGCUGCUGUGUCUUCCAAACCCAGUUAUCACGGCUUAUUUGAGGGUCAAGCAAUACUCACAGAACCUACACUUUGUAACACCAGACCAUUCAGUCCUCUUGCUGCUCUUGCUAUUUAUUUGAAUCAGCUAAUUAUAACACACUUGGCUAGAUUUUAGGUAUAUUAAUCAGUAGUUUGUGAAAUAUGACUUAAAGGGAAAUAAAAUUGCAUGUUAUAGAUAUGGAAUAUUUGGGGUUUUAAGUUUUAAGUUUAAAGAAGCUGGAUGGAUAAACUCUUGGAUGGAAUUCCACAGAAGUAUGAAGAUGGAUAGAUAACUUUUCUUUGACAAGUUUGUAGUUGGAGAAGUGGUUUCUUUUCCUGCUUGAAACAGCUAAGUGCUAUUGAGUGGGAAAUUAGUGUUGAGUGGGGAAUUAGUGAGGAAUAAGGGUGAUUUGUAAUAGCAAGAAAUGUCAAGCAGUGGUACUGUAAAUAUUCAAACUAUUCAAAUUUUGAUUUGUAACCUAGGACAAUCCUAUGCAUAUUAUUGGGGUAAGUGGCACUGUGCCUUAUGGUAUUUUUAGGAUUGCAGGCUGACUGUAAAACAAAUUUAUGUAGCCUUGUUGUGACUAACAUGCUUCCCUAAGUAAAUCUAUUAAAGUUCCUGCAUUUUUAUUAA